AUGAUCUGUUUCUGGUUGCUUAUGGUAUUUUCUGUUUUAUCUGGUAUUGUUGCAUCUCCAAUGAACUUGGCGAACCCUUCCGCACAAUCUCGUUUCAAGCGGGCCACCUGCGAAUCCAAAUAUGGAGAAUGGUCAGAUUGGGGAGAUUGCUCAAUGAACUGCGGAUACUGUGGAAAACAGAACAGAACAAGGACAUGUGCUCCGGUGAAUGGAUGUAAUGAACCCAUUUGCGAUGGCGACUCUAUGGAAAUUCAAAGCUGUGGAACUAGUGACCGAGUUUGUUUGUAUCCAUCUCCAAGCUGUUGUAGCAACUUCAAAAAGACAAUUAAUGUCCCUAAUAGACGUUCUAUUGUGGUCCAAAAGAUGCAACUGGAGGUUACACGUUUCCAACAAGAUCAACGACCCCUAAAGCCCAAUGACCAAUUCAAGAGAUAUAUUCAUUGCAAAAAAUGGCAACAAUUCUUUUGCAUAUAA